AUGGCUUCCCCUCUUGCUGCUGCUCUCUGUUCUGCUAGUAGUGAUGAAGAAAGUGAUGGAGUCAAAAAAGCAGCAUCCUCCAGGGCUGCCCCUCAUUGUUUUACUCCUUUUGGCCAAUACUGGAAAGAGGUCCGCAAGAUUAGCGUCCAUGAGCUUUUCAGCAACAGUAGAGUCCAGUCAUUUAGGUACAUUAGAGAGGAAGAUGUUGCUUCACUCAUUCAAUCAAUCUCCCAAUCUGCUGCUUUUAAGUCCCCUGUGGAUUUAACCGAGAAGCUGCUCACGGGUCUCCCUGGUAGACUCCGAAAGAAUGCACAAGCACUGGAUGCUUUUCUGCAAGAGACAAUUGAUAAAUAUGAAGGACAUAAAGUAGAAGAAGGGAACGAGGAUAUCAUUGAUGUGCUCUUAAAGAUAGAGAAGCAGCAGAAGGAACAAGAGACCUGGAGACUUCACCCACCAGGUCCACUUCUAACUCUAAGAGAGGUCACGUUCGGAUUUGAGGUCAACGGUUACAAGAUAUACCCAAAGACCAGAAUCCAUGUUAACGUAUGGGCCAUCGGACGAGAUCCCAAGAUUUGGAAGGACCUAGAAAAGUUUUUGCCGGAGAGAUUUGCAGGAAGCUUGAUUGAUUUCAACGGACAACACUUUGAGUUGUUGACGUUCGGUGGAGGAUGCACAGGUUGUCCCGGUAUGAACAUCGCAUACACAACGCUGCGACUUGCACUUGCAAAUCUUUUAUAUCAUUUUGAUUGGAAAUUACCAGAAGGGUUGAGCAAGAAAGAUAUCAACAUGGAGGAAGCUUAG